AGGCAAAAAUUAGCCUUGUCCUUAAAAUAUUUGCCCUGUGCUCAGUUCCAUUUGUGUCACAAAAUGAGACCUCGAUCUGCACUGUAAAAAAUAUGCAAAAACCCAAUAUUUGAAUCCUAGAACUCUUUUCAAUUUCUAGAAUAAAAAAUCCUCUGAAAAUGUAUCCCCAGAAAACUGUCCGUCAAGAAAACUGGCCCACACAAAAGAAAUAAAUUCUAGCAUUGAGCAGAUUACCUAUAUAUUGCCUUAAGAAGAGAGGGUAGACCGCAUAAAUGGUGCUUCCAAUAGUGGACUCCUUAGAGGAUCUAACGAUUUCCUGGAUCUCUAAGAAUCUCAAAAUUUCACCCAACUUUUCUGAAAUGUUCGAUUGCUAUUCGAUGGAAAUAUGUUCUGGCUCCCCUGUGCUAACUCCCGCAAAAUUCAGCAAACAAAUGAAAGUCGUUUUUCCCUAAUGUGAUUACACGACGCCUUGGUUCUCGUUCUGAAGGUACACACAACCACUUUGUACGAAUUAAAUCGUCAUCCACUCCAUCCAUGCUUGGUGAUCACUCGCUACUACGAUUAAUGAAGAUACACUCCACCAUUUUAAACAGAGUGAAGAUUCUUGCAUGGCCACAAUCCUCUCUUCGGGUUAGGUGGCUUGUCAAUCAUUCAAGUGAUCUAGCCAUCCCAUGCUACUUGGCCUCGGUCUAGUGUUUCACCACGAGUCUCUUCCCUCCUGCCCUAUGGCAUUAAUCCUGUAAGCCUGAAACAAGUUGAUGGAAUUAGGCUUUGGAAAGAGUACAUGACUCUUGAACUACCACCCCUGGAGUAACAAGGGAUCCAGUCCGCCUGGAGUACUCCACGCCAUCCAUGUCUUGACUCAGAAGACCCUACUAGAAAAUAUUUCAAAGCCUUAGCUUCUUAUAUCUGCCCUCCACUAUGCACUACAUUGGGUCUGCUGCUGAAAAACCGGAAUCGGAAAACCACGCCAAGUACAAGUUUCUGAAGACAAAAUACGUAUUGAAAAUAAUCGUUGUUGGAAACUAGUGGAGUUUGGGGUAAGAAUUAGCUUUGCAUUUAAUCACCGCGAUUGAAGAAUGCAUAUCAUUAGUGAUGGUGGGGGAAAAAUCUACCUAUCUUUUCAACGGCUGGAAAUUGCUUUUCAACAUGGCAAGGUUUUUAUAGUUUCCAUAUAAUUUUAGUCAGUUAAUUUAAAGACCAAAUGUAAAUUUUCAAGGGAGAGUGCUACUAAGAUUGAUCCCUUGGGGACUAGAUUUGUUGAAAUAAAAUUUUCCUUGGACCUAUAGCCUUUAUAAAGGAUUCAUUUCGGCGGGGACUAUCUGAGACCGUUAUUUAAUUCUGAAGUCAUCAUGCCGUCAUACCUGUCACAAAUCUGCAAAAAAAAAAAAAGAGCGCUUGAUCCUUAGCUGUCAAAAUUUAUACAAGUCAAAAAUAAAAAUUUCUUAACAUCAUGGCAUAAUUUGCUACAAAUAAAAUGCCUUCCCCAAUAACUAGUUUAAAUCAACUUCCCGCUGCCAGUCCACACUCGCACACUUCCCGAGUUGAAACUACCGGGGAAAGACGAUUAACCGUUCUCGAAACUCACGGAUAUUACUUGGGAAAAACCAUAGGUUCGGGUUCCUACGCGACAGUGCGGUACGUCUUUGUUUUCAUGGACUAUAAGGUUGCUCAGAGUGAGAGACACGAUGGGAACGUUGCAGUCAAAAUUGUAAGCAAAUUCACUGCUCCGACAGACUAUUUAAAAAAGUUUCUGCCAAGAGAAAUCGAAGUUGUAAAAGGACUCAAGCAUCCUAAUUUAAUAAGAUUUUUACAAGCUAUUGAAACAACCCAUCGGGUGUAUAUUGUUAUGGAAUACGCAGAAAAUGGAAGUUUGUUAGAUAUUAUUCGACGAGAUUCUUAUAUCGAUGAGGGCAGAGCAAGAAAAUGGUUUCGGCAACUACUUGAAGCGGUCGACUAUUGUCACGAGAGAGGAGUUGUCCACAGCACUAUGUCCAACAGAGAUAUUAAAUGUGAAAAUCUGCUAAUGGAUAAAGCAUUUAAUAUCAAACUUUCCGAUUUUGGGUUUGCUAGAGGACAUCUUAAACCCAAACAUGGACAACUGCCAUACAGUGAAACGUUUUGUGGAAGUUAUGCAUAUGCCUCCCCAGAAAUUUUACGAGGUGUUCCCUAUCAACCGCAACAAUCCGACAUUUGGUCAAUGGGAGUGGUACUGUAUGCCAUGGUGUUCGGCAGAUUACCAUUUGACGACGCUAACUACAACUUGCUACUCAAGCAAGUUUCCAGUAAAAUUAAUUUUCCACGAGAUCCCAAAGUGACGAUGACAUGCAAAGCUCUGAUUAUAAAAAUUUUAGCACCUUUAAAAUCUAGGGUAAAAAUGAACGGAAUACGAAACGACUCUUGGUACAGCUUCACUCCCGGUGAUAAACCUGGCACGAGUAGACAAUCAUCGGAUUCCGAAGGUGGCUAUCAAAGCGCUGGAGCAGUGGGCGGGCCCGAAGUUUUCGUACCCAACUUAUUGACAAAAGAACAGCUCAAAGCGGAGGCGUUACCACGAGACAAAAAUCGCGCUGGUAGUACCGACGAAGAAACUCCUUUGGGACUGCAAAUGCCUGAUGACGCGACGACCGAUUCCGAUGGUCCCUACCGACCGACCUCUGGAAACAAAACAAGAAAACAUGGACAGUAACUUCAAGUUCAUAAACCCUACAAUAAAAAUAAACCAUGGUAAUAUA